CCCUUCGAUGGUGCCGUCACAACUGAUCCUGAACACGUUGCAUCACCACCUUCCAAGGUUCUAAAGAAAACUUUGCCCACUGUUUUCGUCGCCUGAUUGUUAGGGCUUAUAAGCCGACUUUGUAAUGUAAAGUUAUCGGGUGCUGUGGGUUCUAUAAUGGUAAGUGGCUCAUGGAUGUUGACAAGUGUCUGUGAGAAUGGUUUUUCAGAUGUUGAAGAGAAUGAAGCAUUAUUUCGUAGAUGUUCUAUUGGCUUCGCUUUACGCAUCCUCUCAGGAGUCCAAUAGCCAAUAACUUGUUCUUCCCAUGUUGUGCGAGAAGAGAUUUGCAAUCGAGAUACAUCCCAGAACAUGAUUUCGGAAUUUACUCCUUCACUCUUCCUAGUGAGAACAGUCGCUAGCACCAUCAAUAUUAUCAGACGAAACGAAUCAGCCAUGCUUUUUCAGAUGAAUUGACGCAGAUAGUCGUCGAAAGGAGAUAUAAUUUCGUAGGGUAUUCAGUGAAUAAUAUAAUAUUAUACAGUGAGCUUCUUUUGCUUUGCAUUAGUGUUGUCUAUAGCCAUCACAUUCGAUCAUGACUAAGCACUAUGCUUCAUUAACUUUAUUAUGUUUAUCACAAUAACAAAAGCAGUAGGCUUUUUCUCCAUAUAAGGGACUCUAUUUUAUAUUCGAUACACAAUUUUCUCUGCUUCUAUUGCUUAGCUUAUUGUAAAUGUGAUCGCAUACAAAAAGUCAGCAAAGAAUGAAAUUUUACGUGACCAAUAGUUUAAAUGUCUUUUUAUUUCGUUGAUCCAGUAGCAAAGUGAAAACCAAAUACCACAUCUUCUACACUCGCUUCCAAUCUGUCAUGCUUAUUCAUUUACCAAUAAACUCUCAAGUCAGACAAAUGUUUUUUCUUUUCGUUUUUAUAAUAACGCACAAAAUAAUAAAUGAUAAAGAAAAGAGAAAAAUAAUAUCAAAGAAAGAAAAAAAGAAACAAUGAUGAAAACAAUAAAAGAUGAAUGAACAAAAUAACAAUAACGCUAGACCUUUCAAAUUUUUCCUUAUCUAGCGAUUAUACUGUGUGUAAAAUUUUCAGUAUUCUUCGACAUGUCGAACGCCAUGGAUAUGAAAUUUGAUGAGUAAUUAGUACUCUUGAAUAAUUUAUCAACAUUAUCAUUAUUGUUGUUUAAAAGAAGGUAACUAAAUAAAUAACUAAUAUCGCGUUUUGAUGGUUUUUAUCAUCUAUUAUAUUUUGUCUGUAAUGUUCAUAGUGCUCAUAUUGAUAGAAAAUCAUAUUUUAGAUGAAUCAGUUUUUUAAAUUUUUGUUAAGUAUGUGGAUAUGGAUGGUGAACAUUGUUUGUAUAAGAUCAGGUGUUGUACUUGAUAUCAGUAUACAAUUGAUAUGUACUUGCUAUCGACAUGUAAUUGGAGAAGUCGAAAAUAAAACAAAUCCAAACAAGAAGAUUAUUUGAUUGAAGAAGAGAAAGUACAAAUCGACAAAAACAAUAUUUUGUGGACGUGAAGAAUUGUAAAAGUUCAUAGGAUAGAAAACAAUUAUUUUAUUCAUCAUUGUUGUCGUUUGCACGUUUGUGAUAAGACGUAUUCUUUUUACGUUCUGAAAUGUUCAUUACAUAUAUAAGCUAGUAUACAUACAUGCAAGUGUUUUCUCAUGUGUAACUGUAUUUGUGACAGUAAGACGAAAAACAACAACAAAUAAUGAUGGAUUAUGAAAUGUACAGCAAUACGACAAGAAUACAAAAAGAUUUGUUGUGAUGGAAUCGAAAUUUAACAGAAAAUACAGCAACAUGGAGAAAACGAAAGAUGAGCAAAAAAUCAUUAUCAUUUUCAAAAUGUCAUUCUAGACAUCAUAAUGAAAUAAAUUUUGAUCAACAUAUGGAUGUUUAUCAUAAAGAUGAUUUUGAUUUUCAAAUAAUAAAGCAUAACAGACAAAGCAAGAAAAGUCUUACAAAUGAUAAAGAUGAACACACUCAAGCAAGAACAAUAAUCAAUUCAAAAUUUUAUACUGAUAAAAACUUACGAACAUCAAUAUCAUCAUUAAAGAACUACAAUUUAAAUGAUAUUGAAAUUCAUAUGUUAAAACAUGCUUUAGAUUAUGCAGUUGAAUAUUGUUAUUAA